AUGGUUGCUUCUCCUCUCCUUGGUAGAUUUUGUUGCUAUGGCAGAAUAUAUGAUGUAAAGGCAAUAACUUUUAUUCUACAGGUGUUAUACGCCAACAAGAAAAUGAAAGCCAUUUUGGUCCUCCUCUUUGCGGUGCUGAUUCCUGCAAAGUAUGCAAGUGCUCAGACAUGCUCUGUUGAUAGCGCUCUCGAUGCAAAGAUCAAUGCUGCCAUUGAUUCCAAAGUGUCUAUGCUUGUGCCAGAGCUGAGUUGCACCAGCGUGUCAGCCCAAGGUGCUGAUGUCUUCUGCCCUUCUGGUUACAAGGCCACGGGAUGUUCCUGUGGAAUGGCCUGUGGUUCUUGGGACAUCCGUGGUGAAAACCAGUGUCAUUGCCAAUGUGCCAACAUUGACUGGACUUCUGCUCGAUGCUGUAAAGUUUCAUUGUCUGGUGGCUUCUCUGGUUAGUGCUAGCUACUGCUGUCCAUCUUCUAAACCCAAUAAAAUGCAGCUAAAGUGUUCUAA